UUGAUGAAAUAUAUAUAUUUCAAUAUGCUAGUUAUUUAACCGAGCAAUGAGAAUAUGAAGAGCAACGUUAACAAAGAAGAGACAGAUACGAAAAAGAAAUAUGUAUUUUUUACCGAUCCUGAUGUUAUCGUCAGACGUGCCGAGUCUACAGCAGCUGCAUCGCAGGCUCUGCAAAGCUUCAAAAUCAAUGAACAGUUGCGGCAAGGCAAAUCAAAAGUAAAUCAAAGCGAAGCAGAAGAAUUUUCCAAUCUGCAGACAAAAUCUGAUAUCAAGGGGUUGGAAACCCUUCUCACCUAUCAUCCAGUACAACCUUAUCCCUUCACCUUCAUAACAGCAGUUAAGCGAAAGCUUGCACUUAACAUGCAUGCCGAGGCAUGCAAACGAGCUUACGAACCUGAGAAUCUUGACAAGUCUCAAACUGGAAGAGAUGCUAAUAACACGAACACUGAUUUCAAACGCAGUAUCAAUCAAGCUGUGCAAAAAAUGGAUUUUAUAAAGCCGCUGAAGGUUCCUGAUCUGAAAAUCUCCCCAAAGACUUUGGAUUAUUCGUUCCAAACAGCAGGGGGCUUCGGUAAUAAGAAAUUUGAUAUUCAUGGGCUGGAUGAGAAAGUUUCCCCGGUUUGUAACAAAUCACCGAAAAGUGCCGAGAAGGUUCAUCGAAAGCUAGACUUUAGUGUACUCGAGGGGUCCCAGAUUAAAAACUCUGAGAAUAUAGAGCCACUAAAAAUCCCGGAUUUGUCUAUCAGUUCUAGUUCGAGUAAGAAAAAAGAACACAUUAGAGAUAGCUCAAGGGAAAAAGAGAAUAGGUCAAAAAGAAUAAAAAAAGAUGAUUUAGGGCUUGUGAGGAAAGACGACGCCCUCAAAGAGACACCUAGAAGGUCCAAAUUGUCAAAGCAUGUUUCCAGGAAAGAUGCGGAGGAAGAAGCUGAUUCGAUAUUGGAGAUGCUCAAGCCAGAAAACUUUUUGAGCAGCGUACCAAGAGAGAGUGACUUUGCUUUAAAAAAGCCUAAAAGUAGGAAUUUUGUAACUUCUACAGUAAAAAAAAGUGAUGAUAAAAAACACAGAUCUGUUAGCAUGCAGGCCUUGAAGUCAGGUCGAGAACGAUCGUUAGAAACGAAAUGUAAAAUUUCUGAAAACGAUUCGAGUUCAGAAAAUAAUAUGAAAAUACACGAUAGAAUCACGCUUAGGGACAGUUUUAAAGGAAAACCUACUGAAAACUUGAAUGAUCCUAGGUACAAAAAUUCAGAAUUGCCAAAUUGUAAACAGCAAAAGCAUACUACAAAAUCGCCCUCUCAAGGCCAACUAAAACAAUUCGAAAACUACCCCAAGUCACAAAUUAGGCAUUCUUAUGAGAAACCGAAACCAUCUACCACCGAAAUGGAAUUGGAAGAUAUAAAUAUCUUGGAUGUUUCAGAAGAGAUUAAAUCUGCUUGUGGUUCAAUUUCUGGCUCCAAAGAGACAGAUAAACAAUAUAGAAAAGAUUUGACUAGUAAGACUGAUGAUGUAAUGAGAAAUGAAACAUCGUUGCAACAAGCAAAGAGCAGUGAAACAUCUCGUGAAGCAGAGCAAUCAGAUCGAAGUUGUCAAAUGUCAACUCAAAUGGAAAAGCGUCAUGAAAAUUCGGGAAAUGCAAGCAGCACCGAAAACUUUUCGAGCCAAAGCUUAAAUAUGGAUUCGAAAUUAGCUGAGAAUCCGAUAAAUCAAAUUGACAGUAGUGCCACUUCAUCCCAAAGCAAGUCAAACCCCGAAUACAUAAAUCCGCAAUCCAAAUCAUUCGCAGGAAUCAUUUUAGAUCCAACAAGAAUUUCAUUCAGGGAUGAAAGUUACGGAGAGCAAAACGAAUUCUGUGACCUAGUAACACCGGAUAUUAAUUUACUACUUCGGUCGAAACGAAGGAAAAAUUUGUUACACAAGUCAGAUAGUGAAACUGAUCUGUGCAGUCCGAAACACAAACCAGCUAAUAACGUUCAACCGGAAGACAACGGUAUUCAACUGUUACACCCAACAGCGUUGCACAUGCAAUUUCAAGCUGAAUUACGCCUGCUAGAUUCAUUCAACGAAUCUCUAUGGCAGGUGAUGAAUGUUGAAAAGCAAAAAGAAAACGAAAUGAGACGAAAGAAUUUGAUGCUUUUGCAGGCGGGCAGAGAUACCAUCGAUACAGAAAGACAUCAGGGGAACCAGAGCAAAGCUGAUCAGGAAACAAUUGACAAAACUGAUCUUCCGCCACACCACAUCAAUGAAACAAAGGAUGCCAAUGUUGAAGUGAUAAAUACGAGCAAUGAAAAUCCAAAUACCAAAUCCGUCAAAACGCUUGGACGUGUUAAACACUCCCAGGAUACACUGGCAGACUCUGAUAAUUUCUCGAAAAGGAAUGAUCGUACCUCUGUCAGAGUGACGGAGGUUCAAACUCAGACUGCGAAUGAUAUUGCAACGCAAACAGACACACACAGAGUUAGGCGUAGACAUACUUCUCCAGGCAGACAAAUUCCUGGUAUAACAUAUGAAAGAGGGACAUCAGAUAUAGAAGAAGUUCCUCAGCUUUCGUUCGAAUCGCUCAAUCAAUUUGAAGAUUUUGACCAGAUCGAAAACGUUUCGUUGCCUAGCAGAAUGCACACGAUGUCAGAAAUCAGUUUACACGAAACAACAUCUUCAAUCAAGACUGAAACUGGGACUGAAAUUAGUAUUUCAACAAGAGAUGUUACUUGUUCUUUUAACAAAUAUCUUGAUUCAGAGUUGGCUCAAUUGAUUAAAGACGAAAAACAAAGAUAUGAUGAAAUUGAAAUGCUUUUUAAGUCUCGGGAAAAGACUUUGAAUGAUCGCACAAAGAAGCUGGUUAAAUUAGAAGAACAAAAACGUGCCUUACGAGAUAUGGGUCAAGAUAGUCGCAUCAGUUCAGUAAAGAAAAAGCAAAGAGCCUUGCUUUUGAAAUUACAACAAGAGAAAGACGAAAUGAACAGGUUGAAGGAACUACAUAAAAAGGCUAGUCAGGAGCGUAAACUUAUGCUUCAAAAACAAAGAAACAUGUUGAAUCCUCAAAUGUCUACUAAAAACAUUCUAACGAAAUUAAAGAGAAGCGCGGACAAUCAAUCCCCGCGCCGGUUAUCCGGCCCUAUGAAAGGGUAUGACAUUAGGAGUCCGAGUUCCAUGAGCUCACUUGUAGAUUCAGAUAAGUCACAACUUGAUCGUUCCCAUAUAGAAAUAAAAUCUCGUGCAGCUGAAGGAAAGUUACACAAGUCUGAAGGGAAGAUGCCCAGAUCUGACAUUACUUCUAGCCAAGAGGGACAGGAUACGAAAUUAAUGAAACCUGAUCAAUCUGAAAAUAUGACAGAACCAUCUGAUACUUCAUUUAUUGACGGUAAUAUCUUAUCACCAAAUUCACAAAAAUUUCUUGCAAAAGAACAAAGAAUUCAUAGUGCAGCUCAGAAAUUUGAUGCAAUGCUAAAGUAUGAGAUAAAACCAUGUAAAUACAAAGAAGUGAUGCCCAAACUAGGUAUUUCACACCAUAAAUUGCACGGAACUGAUAUUGAAUCUAACAUUAGUUCUAAAAAAUUAAAUAAACAAGACACUUCCACUGGGUUGGAAAAAUCAAAGGUGAAGGAGGUCCAGCCAAAAUCUACAUUGAAUGAGUUGGAUAAAUCAAUUUGUGAAAAUGUUAGAUCUGAAUCCGAUACUUUGGUGGAUGAGGUUUCUAAAAAGUCAAAGUCUUCGCAAGCAACUGAAAUUAAUUUUGAAAACUUGAAGAUGAAACGUGACAAAGAAUUGUUAUAUCAAAAGAAUCCAUGUGUUUCGGAGAAUUUGAACACAGAAUCUGACGAGAUUGCGGAAGAAUUAGGUUCAAAGCAAUCAUUACAUAUUGUUGAAGAUCUUUCUGAGAUGACUUCUAAGAGUUUAAAGAAGACUCAAAAUACGUCAAUGAUUAGCAAAGAGAGUUCUAAGAAAUCGCAGAACAGUUCGAAAACCAAGUCAAAUUCAAAACGCAAGGGGUCAAGGAGUCUAAAAUCCAAAUCGUCAUCUGACAUUCUGUCUGAAAAUAUUUUGCGUUCGAAAUCGAGUUCACAAAUUCCAGAAGCAAUUAUGAAACACCAUAGCAAACGAUCUAAAAUAGAGAAAGAUCAAGUUCAGUCAGAUGAGGAUUUUCAAAAUUUGUUGACAGAUGAUCUUGAAGCUAAUGACAGUCAGAGCUCCCUGCAUGCAUUAGUUAAACACUCAAAAGCUGUCAAAGAAAAGAAUUAUCAAAUUCUUAAAAAUAUAGCAAACGAACACGAGGCUAAAGAGAAUGUUUCUUCGAAAGAUUCCGAAAAUUUGCGGAAUAUUUCUGGAAGACAAGAUGGGAAUUUCCAAAAUGUGGGAAAUAUGUCUACAAGAUCUCAAGUCAGCACGCUUACCAUUUCACAUCAUAGUUCAGGAGAAAGUGAAAAAAGUUAUUCCCGAUCUGUUGUAAUAAGAGCACAAGAUCAUCACUUCAGAACCAGCAAAAAACUCGAACAAAUAUUGAGUGCCAGGGAGGCGGCACUCGCUUCACGCAGAAGUUGCGUAGAGGAGUGGAUUGCUUGGCACUCACGACUGCGUGCCGAGGAAAACCGUGUUGCUCGCAUGGAGGAAGCAGCAUUUAAACUCGUCAGUGCUGCUUCUAAUGCUCUAUCGUAUCAUGAUACAACUGUAUCAUCAGAUACUAGUGAUGCGGAGAGCAGAAUUGAAAUGUUAGCUGAGAAGCUUGCGGAGCGACGAACUGAAAUGACCAGAUUAAAACGAGAGGCCAAGAGGCAAGCUAAACAGAGACUAAAGGCAUUGGAGACGAAUCUUCUCAACCAAAUCAAGAAAUACGAUACAACGAUCCACGAAAUGCGUAAGAAAUUGGAGAACAAACGAGGCGCAGUACUGAAUGAUGGCUUAUCGGAUAAACUUGCUAUUGAAUCAAAAUCACUUACUGAUUUCAAGAUACCAGAGAUUCCGAUCAAACGAAUCAAAGAAAUAUAUAAAAAAAGUGAUUUACUGAAGUCACGAUCGGAAUCUGAAAUAAGAAGUUUAAUGUCUGAAGACAAUCAGCAUAAAGAUUUGGACAACAUGUACGGAAGUGAAAAUUCAGAACAUAUUUCAAAUUACAAAAAAUCACCAAGGUCAACCCCCAGUGAUGUCACGGAUCGAUCCGAAAUGAUGAGUUCCGAGAGAAAAACUACAACCCAAAGUAUUCAAUCAAUCUUUGAAGACAUUAAAAGCACUGCCUCAAAAGAACCAGGCUUUACUUCCGAUGAUGUAGGAAAUCAGUCUAUAUCCGAGCAAAUUGAAGACAAUAAUCGUACAUCGAAUCAAAGAUCGUCAUCAGAAAGAUCAAUAGAUGAAAUUUCCAUAGUCAGUUCAAAGUGUAAAUCUGAUUCAAGUCGCAAAGAAUCACAAUUCUCACGACAUAAAGAAAUCCAUAAUGAGGGUAUCAUGUUAGGCGCAUCCAGAGCUUCGUCAAAUCGAAAACCAGACACAGUUCCGGACAGUAUUCAAACGGCCGAUUCCCAUCAAGAAGUACAAUCCAAUCCCACAGAAACAGUUACUGGUGUUGAAUAUUCAAGAUGCUACAGCAUUUCCAUCCAGCCGUCAGUUUCAAAAGACGUUCCUACGGAAAUUUUAUCGGACUCGGAAAAACGCGAUCACAGAAGUAGCUCGGAGCGCAACUUGUCGCCGUAUGAGAUUUCAGACGGUGAAACUAUCAGUGAUUACGUGCUUGAGGAAGUUUCCCAGAGGGAAGAUAAGAACGUGUUCAAACCGGAAAAUCACCAAUCGAUUUCAUCAAGAAGAAUUUCACCUAAAAUUGUAGAUUCCGAGGUUCAAUCAGAUACGAGCCCCUUGGAAAUACAUCUGAUCAAAGAGUCUAGUAUUAACAACCUAACCGAUGGUCUGAUCAGUGUCACUUCGAGACUCAGUUCUGAACAGAAUGCCUUACAAAUUAUCCCUGAUGAAGCUCCUAGUACGAAAGGACAUUCUGACAUUGAUGAAGAUGUGAUCGAGAAAUCCAUUCAGGAAUCGGAAUCAAUUUCCCACAAACUAAGCUUUCUGGAGCUGGGCAAUAAAAAUUUGAACGAUGAUAUAAGUACACUUGAAAAUGACCUCAAAGCUCUUUCUGAAAUGAUGUCGCAGUUUAGUAAAACGUCAGACAGCAAAUUAAAGUCUGACAAAGAAGAAAAGAUAGUUGAUGAUCUUGCGAAUGACUCAGAGAAGGGAACUUCCGCAGAUAUCACUGAUUUAGAUCAUCCAAAUAAUUUCAGUGACCAAGAACCUAUGUUUAAUACGAAUAACAAUGGCACAUAUAUUGUAGAUGAAGAGCAUGAGAACCUUGACUUUCAUGAGAAAGACUUAACUGCACAAGUGACUGAAAUAAUGCAGAAAUUAGUGCCCGAAAAUACGGCACUACGAAUGUACUCCGAGCAGGAAAUUGAUUUCAAAGCAAGAAGUAGAGAAAUCUUGAACGAAAUUGAGAAAUCAAUUAUAUCUGAUCAUGUCAAAUCUCCUGACAGAGUGACCAUCAAUACAAAAAGUAUGGAAACAAAUGCAUCCUUUGAAGAGAAUAAGAAUGAGGAAGCAAUGGACGAGUUGAAUUCUUUGGAGAAUGAUAUCAUGUCCAUUGCGGAAAUCAUUUCAAACGCAUCUGAAGCAAAAAAAGACCUCACAUUAAUCAGAAGUUUAGAAUAUGAUAAUCUAUUAGACGAUACUGAUGCCGUUGAGGCACGUACGAACUCAGACCAGCGUGCAUUUGAAGAACCUGAAGUGUUAAAACAAUUUAUUGAAAAAGAAAGCCUUGAAGAACCUGCUUCGAAAUUGCAUGAUAAAUGUGACGAGAAAAAAAAUUCCUCUCAAAAAUCCAAUGAAACAAACCGAUCCAUUCAUAGUUUGAAUGAUAAUAUAGAAGUUGUGAGCAGUGAAAAUACAGCUCAAACGCCUCCUCCUGAACUACUAGAGACGAGUUUUGGACAUCCAGAUGAGAAAUCCACGUUUGAAACGAUCAAAGAUCCAGAAUAUGAAGAUAUAUCAGAAGAAAGCCUUGAGGUUUCAGAAAUUAUGGAUAUAUCUGAACGGCAGAGAUCCGAACGGGAAUUAUAUCAAAAGUCCAGUAGGUUGCCAGAGAAAUAUCAAAUGACACAAAAAUCUGAAGAUGUAUUGAGGAUUUUAGAUGAGAUCACUCAGAAAACAAAUCAAGCGUCGCAAAAAUCUCAACAGUUUUUAAUCACGCCUGAAAAUAAUGGCAAAAAAAUUGGUGAACUACUCCAGAAGUCUGAACAAUUAUCUAAAAAUUUUCAAGCCUUGACACAGAUACCCCGUCGAUCUGAUGCUGAGUAUGAAGUACCAAUUACUGUAUCACAUAUUCCUAAUAAAAAGUUGAUUCUUCAAUCGAAAGUGACUUCUGAACAGCCUGUACAAAUACUAAACGAAUCUGUUUUCCCUCAGCAAAUUGAUAUACCUGAAAAGACAAACCGUAUAUUACAAAUAUCUCACCAACAGAAGACUGGAUAUGUUUCACAUGACAUUGAGAUGCAACUUUCACCUACCCCCAGUGAUAAACCGGAGACGUUGAGCAGUGUUGCAAGUGAGGGUCACUCUACUAAGUCCUCAGAUGAGUUGGAAACGCAUCAAAUAAGGAAUAAAGAAGAUGGCAAUCCAAACAAUUUCGACGUAGGCCACAAAAAAUUCACCGAAAAGUCGACAGAAUUGAAUAAUUUUAAGCAGGAAACUGAUAUUCAGCAUCAGAACGAGAAGGAAUUGGUUGUAGAAACAAGGAUUAUAGGGAAUCUAGUAGAUACUUAUGACCCUAAUGAAAGGUUGAAAAUUUCCCAUGGACACAAUGAAUCGCAAAUCUUUGAUACAAAAAUAUCAGAUAUUGGUUCACCUGUGGCUGAUACUAAGGUGAAAAGUUGUGAAGCUGAAGUUUAUUCUACUGAGGAAGAAUCUACUCAACAAAUUCAAGAUGUAUCCGCGGACACAGCAUCACAAAAGUUCGAUAACCUGUCUGAAAAAUCUAGCAAAAGCAUAGAAAUUUCUGAGCAAAUUUCGCUAAUAGGCGAACCCAGAAUACCAUUGGAAUCUGAUGAAUAUGAUAUUGUAUCACAUCAAUCAAAAUAUAGUUCUGCUCAUGAACAAUUAAAGGAAAACUUAAUUAAAACCGAGUUAAGUGAGCAUACAGGACUUAACGAUGAUGAUAAUGACGAUGAGAUAAAGUCUUAUCUGGAGCAUACCAGUCCAAUACCAUUAUUUGAAAAAAAUUCUUUGGGAAAUGUUGAAAACAAGGCGGACACGUUGGAAUCAAAACACGGCCAUGAACAGGAACCUCAAGUAACUUUUGAGACACUUGAAGAGUUGGAAAAUCAGAGUGAUGAAAUUCUGCAAGAGAAUGUUGAAAAGUUGGAGAAGACACGAGAAUCCAGCCUGCAACUUCCAGCUAUUAACGAUCCCAUACACUUAAUUCAAGGUGGAUUGGAAAACAGUCGGAAGUCUCAAAACCCUGCAGAUUCAUCACCGGAACUUGAUUAUUCUGAAAAAUCUAAAGAGUUAUUGCACAAAAGCGAUAUAGCUGAUAAAUCGGAUUGUGCAUCACAAAAAUCCGAUGAGUCACAGGGAUCGGCUAAAUCUGAUGAUAACUUACAAAAGUAUGAAGUCGAACUGCCAUCUGAAUCUAGCGAGGAGGUUGAAACACCGAGAAGUGUGUCAGAGAUCGAAAUAGAUUCACCGAGAGAUCCCAACGAUUCUAGACUGGACAUCGAAGCCUUGGAUGAUGAUUUGCUAGCAAAUGAGAAUAAUUUCGGAACGAAAAACAUUGAACUGAAGAAUGAAUUCAAUGCAACGCCAGCCGUCGCCACAUCCGAAAAAGACAUUGAAGCUAUGAUCGACAAAUUAAAAGUGUCACUGGAACAACCGGGUUUGGAUGUCGCGGAGCUAGAGGCGAAGCUACUCCGGAUUCAACAACUCCAAAUUGAAUUAGAGAUCAAGAAACUAGAGGCUGAAGAGGUGUCCUACUACGUGAGAGAAAUCCCAAAUAAACCACCUCCGCCGUACACACCUCCAAGUGGGGGGCGAUUAUCCGUAUCGCAGACAUCGCCAUCACCAGCACCUGCUGUGGUCCCAACUAAUGUGGAGGACUUAACUUCAUUCACCGAAAGAGCAACGCAUUUAAUUUAUCAAGCCAAACAGUCCGGAGACGAUAUAAUCAGCCUUCAGCCCCCAGUAGAAAUCUGCGAGCUGAGUAAAGACAAUAACGAAACGGCAAAAAGAGACAGAAAAAUAUACAACACAUUCUUAUUUGAUCUCUGCAAGGAAACUAUAUCGGAAGUUUAUCAAUCUGAAUGUGAAAAGCCUGGACCCAGUUGGCUAAAGCCAAAUGCUAAAACAAAGCCGACAAUGAAGAUUCCGACAACAGUCGAAGGUCUGAAUGACUACGUGAGCAAAGAAGUUGCGACGUUAUUUGGCUUCAAGACGAAAUUGCAAAGAGAGAACCUGGUUAUGCGCUGGAGUAGGAAACGACGCGAUAGAGUAGACGAGUUAUUGGCUAGAGAGGCCCAAGCCGAGGAAGAUGAAUGGACUAAGUUUCAUCACGAUGAAUUAGCGGUAAAAAAUGAAUUAACAACCGCGAUAUUGGACUCACUUAUACUUGAUGCUGCUAACGUCGUUAAAAUGGCUUACAUAAAGAAGCGACAAGUCACGAGUUGAGAAAUAUCGCGCAAAAUUUUGCGGGAACCUAAAGAUUCACUCACAAUCAAUCCUGCUUCAAGUUGAUUAUUGAUCAGAAUUUAACACGAUUUCCUGAAACAAAGCUCCACUGGCUUUAAGAACUGUUCGAACUGUGACAAAUACUUAUUGUCGUUAAACUGUCAUGGGGUAUUUGGUGAAAGUGGCCACUAGCACAUGUCGGGGUGAUUUUAUGUCCUGAGCCAUCGCUGCAGGUUGUCACCCUUCCUUAGUGUGAGUGACCUCUUACACCAAACAUUUCUCGGUAAAUAGAAAAUAUGAUCUUCAGGUUUGAAUUGGUCUAAUAGCGAUAUUAUUCCGUAACCAAACUUCGACAGCUAUUUGCACAACUUUAUAUAUAUAUGUUUGUCAUCAGGCCGUACAAUUCUUGGUUAAUUUUCGUAUUACUUGAAAUGUGUAGGCUGGUUCCUAUUCUCUUUACCUUGUGCUCGUAAGCUCAAGAUUUUGGGUAAUUGUUGUUCCUGAAUUGAAAGUGACAUGAUGUAUCUCUACAUUUCCAAUAUCGCGGCAUCAGUUACAUAUCUCUACAGCUGUGGGCUACGAGCUGCUUAUUGAUGCAGCUGCGGUUGAGAGCUGAGAUAAUUUCACGGCCUCAACACUCACAAUCAGUAACGAACUGUCUAUUGUCAACGUACAAAUAUUUUAAUCUGUGAGCGUAUGGCAAGCGUGCGAUUUUGUUAUAAAAAUCGUAAAAUGUUCGUUUACAAAUCUUGUACCUAAAUGCAACGCAAAAACCUUCUGUUAUAUUGUUUUUUUCUCUGUUGAUAGUUUAGUUAUUUAUUCUGUUAUGACAAUGAUUGAUUAGGUGACUAAUAGAACGAUGGAUACUAAUUACGGCUCAGCGUGCCGGGCUCAACUGUUUUAAUAUGAACUUAACGAAAUUUCCCUAGAAGACUGAAAGACUGGAGCCAUGUUAAUCAAAAUUACUAUCAAGUUUUCGAAUUUAUUAGUAUUAAAUUAAAAUUAUAGAAAUGGUACACCUGACUCGGAAUAUUCACAAUGCAUUUAUCAUUCAAACACGUGGACGAUUUUCAAAUUUAAUUUUAACGAUAGCCACGUCGCGGGGAUACUUGAAUCGUUAAUUUUUCUUACAUGUGUGUUUCAUGGUUGUGAUGUAAAUAGUACAAUGUUUAACGUAUUCACGAUAUUCUCAUAGCACGUAAACUAAACUAUUCAUUCUGCAGGAUUCUUUAUCUGCUAAGGAAAUAUUACGUGGCAAUCAUAAUCAUACCUUUCUAUUGAACUUAAUAUUCUUACGGGUGCACUUACCGUCACAGGUUUUGUUUCUUCACAUUGUAUUCCCAAAGUAGGAAAUACGAUAAUCACCAUGCUGCUUCACUUUUUUCUACCGACGUUUCUCGAGUCGUCGCGCACAUAAAAGCAGGCUCAAGUGUACCGACUGAAUUUUAUUUUUGUAAUACCAUAAACAAUGACACGAAAUCCUCGUGUCAAUACUUUUAUUUUUACCGAGCAUGUUAGUGGCUAGUUUGUAUAAAACAGUAUUUAUACGCUACUCAGUUAUCGAUAGGAUGUCCACGUACGUAGUUGAAUAUGUACUUAAUUAAGUUCUGAUAUAUUUUAUAAUAAACUUUGAUGAAAA